AGAGAGAGAGACUGGGUUUUUUGUCACUGAGUCUAAUUUUGCACACCGCCACGCUCAGUGUUCUGCUCUUCAUGUCUUAUUCAUGCUGAGGCCUGCAGCAGAGCUGCUGACAGGCUGCGGAGCGUUCGGCUUUAGCUCAAGUAAUCAGGGCCAACGAUUCUACGGAGAGAGAACGAGAGGGAGAGGGAGGGAGGCUCAGCACAAAUCCUGGUGUGUGUUUGAUUUAGCAUUCUGGUCUCACAUAUGCUGCUGUGUGUGUGCGUGUGUGUGUGUGUGUGUGUGUGCGUGUGCGCGCGUUAGUCUCGUCUCGGGACUUAAUCAGAGUCUUGGCUGACAGAGUAACUCGACGCCCGGGGCAGGGAUGUCCUCGCACUCCAGCACUAAAAGUUUCUUUCUCGUGGCUGUGAUGCAUCUGUGAUGCCUCCCUGCCCCGCGUGGAUUCUAACGGGAGGAGGUCACUUUACAUUUUUUAAAAUGCAGAAGACUGUUCAGAGGAUCCGCCUGGUUCUGUACAAAGGUAAAAAAGGAGGUAGCUCAGUUUACCUCAAAACUCAAAGCAACUACGGUGCCAACUGUCAUCACACUGUAUCCACGCCCCCCAACACAUCCGGUGCUUUUUGGUCUAUUUCACUGUAAAUGGACCAUAAUGUACAAAAUGAACAUCAUGUAUUGAAGACUUCAACCAUAAAUUUCUCAGGAAAAUUUUUGCCUAGUCAUUUCCAUUCUCGUCAUCAUCAGAGUAAUGAGGUAAAUUCACUCUGAUGUUGUUGUUGUUGCAUGUAACUGGAUAUCGUCGUGGACGGUGACAUCAGAGUCAGUCGUUAUUGUACGAAGGUGUCGAACAGGAGAAAUGUGAUACGUUUAAACCAUAAAGCAUAAAGCAUUCCUGGAGAAUUAGCACCUUCCUCCCCGAGCGAGUGCAGCGAGAGAGUGGAGCCGGGAGUAUUUUUAGAUGUUUAUGUUUAGAUUUGAGAAAGAACCUUGUGUGAUAUUUGUGAUUUGCGUCGGUGGAUAGGUUGGUUUUCUUCACCAGCACAGAUGAGACUCAGAUUCUGGCAGGGAAAAGGUGAGAAAACGAUUUGGCUCAAGAUGCACCUGAACCUGUUUGAUGUGCACUUAUUUCCGACAGUUUACUUUGACACCUCAUCUCUGAUCUUGUUGCGUGCCACCAAAAGAUCAUAAUCCUAAUCCUGUCUAAUUUCCUCUCUGUCAUGUUUCCAGUGCCGAUCAAAGUACAGUUAUAAAUACAGGUAACUAACGGCAAUGCAGCGUCUGCGAUAUUAAAUAAUACAGAACAAACACCUCUCCCCUUUCUCCCACUGUCUCAUCUUCCUCCCGUCCUCCUCCUGCUGCUCCGUUCUUUCAGCCCAAUUACACUCAGCUGAUCGCCAACUACAGUCGGCGCUCGGUAUAAAGCAGCGCUGGGAAUUUCUUGGCGAACCGUGACUCGGAUGCCACAGGCAGCCUGGUCGGGGUUCUGGAAGAGGCAUCGCUUUUGUAUUCGUUCCGUCGGCCGCAUUCUCUCUCAAACAGACAGACAGACACACCACCUAAGAGGGAUCAUCUGGAGAAACUAUUCAGAGUAUUAUUCCCACCAAGUUUGGUUAAAAUCUGUCAAUGCGUUGUUGAGUUAUUUUGUUCAGACAGGGUCAAUUAUAUGUUAUGGCGGUCGCUAAACCAGUUUGUGCGAUAAGGAAAAAAAAGCUUUAGACAACAAUGGAGCACGAGGGAUUUGGUUCCAUCGGGAUGUUGGACUCGCAUACCAAAGAGUUCUUCUGCUCUGCUGUUGUUCUACACACACACACAAACACACGCAAGCCACAUCAGUGUUACCACGACGACACCCUGGUGCUCCGUGAGUCAGAAGUAAUGGACGGUGAGUGGUGCUGAGGCAAGAGAUGAGAGGAGGAUGCCUGGAGGGAGAGUGGGAUAAAAGGAAGGAAGGGAGGGAUGGAGAGAAGAACGACAUCAUUGGGUGGAUGACUCUGUCACCCCAUUGGUUUAUUAGUUUUCUCUCUGGAUGUUUAUUUAUCAUCCUCUUCUUCCUCCUCUUCUUCCUCAUCCAUCCAUCCUUUUACCUCCUCUCCCACCCCCUCGCUCGCUGCCGUUCCUCCAUAAAGCCCCUUACAUUAUGUGGCAAGUGAGCGCACAAUACCUCCUGAGGCAUGAUGGGAAAUAUUUUUCAUAUAAAGGCGGAUGAAGCAGAUCAGCACAAAGUACACUCUCUCUCUCUCUGUGAUGGGUCGGGGAAAGGGGAGCGGCGGCUCGGUGUAGAGACGGUGAAGUUUUGUCCGGUUGAGGAUCGUCAGUGAUGGAGGCCGGAGAGGAAGUGCUGCGGGUGCUGGAGGUUUGUGAGGCCGGGGAGCAGAUACAGGAAGUGAUCGUCAGCCCCAUAGAAGAAGACUUUUUGACCAACUCACCUCCAGUGGCCAGCUGGGGACCAGGGGUCAAACCACCGAGCCAGGAUGACAACUGGGGCGAGACGACCACCGCCAUCACCGGCACGUCGGAGCACAGCCUCUCCCAGGAGGACAUCGUCCGCAUCACCAAAGACCUGGAGGACAGCGUGGGGCUGGACUGCCGCCGCUACCUGGCCCUGACGCUGGCCGUGAUCCUGGGGCUCCUGGUGUUCCUGACGCCGCUGGCCUUCCUGGUGCUCCCCCACCUGCUGUGGCCUGAGAAGCUGCAGAGCUGCGGCACGGCCUGCGAGGGCCUCUUCAUCUCCGUGGCCUUCAAGCUGCUCAUCCUGCUGCUGGCCGUGUGGGCGCUGUUCUUCAGGCCGCCGCGCGCCGGCCUCCCGCGCGUCUUUGUCUUCCGGGCGCUGCUCGCUGUGCUGGUGCUGCUCUUUGUGAUCUCCUAUUGGCUGUUCUACGGCGUGAGGAUACUUGACUCGCAGGACGAGAACUACCAGGGCAUCGUGCAGUACGCCGUGUCGCUGGUGGACGCGCUGCUCUUCAUCCACUACCUGGCCAUCGUCCUGCUGGAGCUGCGGCAGCUGCAGCCGAGCUUCUCCAUGUGCGUCACGCGCUCCACGGACGGCGAGACGAGGCAGUACAACCUGGGGCAGCUCAGUAUUCAGCGAGCAGCUCUGGCCAUCCUGGAACACUACUACUGCGACUUCUCCGUCCACAACCCGGCGCUGCUCUCCGCCUCCAAGUCCCGAGCCGCCAAGCACCUGGCCGGCCUCAAGGUCUACAACGUGGACGGUGAGUUCCCAGCAGCCCCCGAUGAGGGCCCGGGGAACAACGCCGCAGCAGCAGGUCUGGCUCACUCCCAAUCCAGAGCCAUGAUCGCGGCCGCCGCUCGCCGCCGAGACUCCAGCCACAACGAGCUGUACUACGAGGAGGCGGAGCACGAGCGGCGCGUCCGCAAACGCAGAGCGCGACUGGUGGUGGCAGUGGAGGAGGCGUUCACACACAUCAAGCGGAUGCAGGAGGACGAGCAGAAAAAGUCUCCGGGCGACGUGAUGGACCCGCGCGAGGCGGCGCAGGCCAUCUUCCCCUCCAUGGCCCGGGCGCUGCAGAAGUACCUGAGGACCACCAGACAGCAGCACUGCCACAGCAUGGAGAGCAUCCAGCAGCACCUGGCCUUCUGCAUCACCCACAGCAUGACGCCCAAGGCGUUUCUGGAGAGCUACCUGAGCCCGGGUCCGACCCUGCGCUACAGCCGCGACCACUGGCUGGCCCGUCAGUGGACGCUGGUCAGCGAGGCGUCGGUCACCAGCGGCCUGAAGGACGGCGGCGUCUUCCUGCUCAAGUGUGUGGACUUCAGCCUGGUGGUGACCUCCAGGAGGAUCCCCUACAUCCAGCUGUCGGAGGAAUACAUCGACCCCAAGUCCCACAAGUUUGUCCUGCGGCUACAGUCCGAAACCUCCGUGUAGGACGGGUUUUUUAUUUUGGGUUUGCAGUUUUUAUUUGUUACCUUUUUGGAAAUCUUUUAUAUAUUAUAUAUGAAUCUAUAUACAUCACACACACGUUUGAAUAUAUUGAUCUUUUUAUGUUUUGAUGAGAAGAAGAAAUCGCAGCAGGAUUAUGCUCACAGGAGUUUGGACGCUUCGGUGUGUGUGUGUGUGUGUGUGUGUGUGUGUGUGUGUGUGUGUGUGUGUGUGUGUGUGUGUGUGUGUGUGUGUGUGUGUGUGUGUGUGUGUGUGUGUGUGUGUGUGUGUGUGUGUGUGUGUGUGUGUGUGUGUGUGUCACAAUCACUUAUUUCCUUAGCGUCGGAGACGAUGGGAACAUUUUAGGAUUCUAACGUCUCACAGAGACUUUUCCUCUGAGAAUUGCGACGUUUGAAGUCUGACGGAAACUAGACGAACGUCUCGUCUGCGACAGUCGAAAGUUUUUUCAGGUUCCACAGAUUGAGGAUUUAAUGAUUUCUUCCUCUUGAAGGAAACAAAUUAAUCACAUUUGUCAAAAUAAAAGGAAUGAAAUUUCAAUCACAAUUUGCAUUAAAUGCAAAUUCAUGUAAGUUUGUAAAUGAAGAGAAAAAAAACUAAAAAGGUUUGAAUAUAUAAUCUCAUCCUGCUCAUAGAGGAAGUGCAACGGUUUUUACUUUCCUCAUCACUUCAGGACGUUGAACAUGUGAGGUGUUGAACUCCAUGUCGCACCUCGAGUUGGACGCGUUGUUUAGUUCUGCUGCGUGAUUUUUCUCCGGGUGCAACGGAGCAUCAUCAGGUCGGGAACAACACGCGCAUACUUUGUUAAACACGGGAGGAUCUCGCCUCACCGCUUCAGUCACCUCCUCACGGACGACACGACCUCCUUCCCAAAUGGACCGGCUGGUUUUCCUUUCCAACCUGUUAGACAAACAUGCUCACAGGGAAUCACUCUGUCGUAUUCUUCUUCUGAUCACUUUCACCCGAUGAAGCCAAUGCCACUGAAAUGACACGACAUAACUCAAAGUAAAGAGAAUCACUCUGAGCUCCUGAACAACUCACCCAAGAAGAGAAACAUGUGGCUGUGAGCAGGUCUUGUCCCCUACUGCCCCCUGGAGGGCAAACCUGGUGUUGUCACUCUGCCUGCGGGAAGCAGCCGCUGGUUUUUAAAAUGAUUCUCUGGAAAAAUUGGUGAAAAUGUAAGAAAAAAUGUUAAAGAAAGGUAAAAUGUCAUGGAUUCUCUCUUGGUCCAUGUUCCAUCCUUUGUCCAAGUUCACAGGUAAUCUGUUCAGGAGUUUCACCUGGAAAAAUCUGUAAAAUCAUAAUUUUUUACAUACCUGCAAAUAUGUUUUUUGACCUUCUCAUGUUUGACCUGCUGACAGAUAAACUUUGACCCCGUUGUGAUGGUGCCUCCUGUUUUUACACUGUACCUAUUUAUGUAAACACGCAUGUGUGUGUAUGUAUGUGUGUAUAUAUGUGUGUAUGCCAUUCCAGUUCACAUGACGAACCCCCCCCAUCACCUCCACCUGUCACGCUGUUGCCAGGUUACAGUCCUAUGUCAUGGUCUGGGUGACGGACAGCUUGAUGAUGAUCACGUGACGUUGCAGAUGUAAGACACGUUUCAGUUUCACAAUAUUAACAUUUGUUUAAAAAAAACAACAACAAAAAACAAAGGAAAAUAAAACAUUUUUUAAUGAACAUUUGUAAAA